CGAGUCUCAUCCUUCCGGCCUUUCUCGCUGCACAUACUCUAUCACGUUUCCUGGCCAACUGACAGUCGCCGGGCGCAUGCAGCCUGCCCCAGGCCAGCCGACAGAAGCUCGCAGAAUCUUCUUGCCAGACCUUGAAACUGCGCAGACCAAGAGACUAGAGACCGGUAAAAGAGAACGCUUCUCUCUGAGUCCUACUGGUCGGAACAGGAGAGAACCUCGUCAUGUCUCGUUUUUUUCCUCGCAAGCGUCUCGCCCCCGCCAACCCCCCGUUCUCUACACAGACUAUCGCACAGCGAUACCCUUCGCCUGGCGGCUUCUUCCUGCCUGGAGAGUUAAUCUCUUCUCGUUAUGUCUCAGCUGUUCGACAGACGCCUUCGUCUCUCUUCAGUUUUCUCCCGCGCGUCUCUUGCGUCGCUCAUCCAAGCGCCGAGCGCGUUCCUCGCGACGAAACAGUGACCUUCUCUCGAGUGUCUUCCUGCCGUCUUCAGCUCUGCAGGAAGAGCUCUCGGAAAUCCUUCUCCAAAACUGUCUCCAAGCAGCUUUCGAUAUGUUUUCUUCACCUGGCCUCGGUGCCUCAAAAGCCUUCGAUCGAGAACCUGAAGAAAGCUCGCCGGACAACCACCAUGCAGCCUCCACACGCAUUUCCCUCAUCUCGCUUCCUGUCUAAUUCUUGUCUCUCCUCAUCUCUUUCACUCUUUCCUCCUUCCCCUUCUCGCAUUUUCUAUCCUUCUUCUCUCUCUCUCUCUCCUCCCGCUUCCGCGUCGUUUCCUGCUGCUUCUCUCUCUUCUUCGUUUCCUUCUUCGUCCGCCAUUCAAGCCAGGACCUGCACAGGUGUGACCGGCGGGCGUCUCACGGUGUCUGUCGACCCACAAGAUGGAGUGCGUCGCUCUCUGCUCCCUCCCGGCAAUUGUCUCCGUUCUCUUUCUUCUCUCGCCGCUUGCGACUGUGUGCCUCUGCGUGGAGCGCCGACGGCGUUGACUCGUUUGUUGGAGAGAAGAAGAAAACGAAGGAACUUACCUUUCCUCGGAAGUUGCCCGUCUGGCUCUCGACAGGCGCCAGGCGUGAAAGCUCGCGGAGACGCGCCCGAGUUUCUCUCGCCUCUCGCGUUCUCGUCUUCUUCAUCUUGCUGUGGAGGCAGGCACUCGAAGUUACCUUCAUCAGCGCCUGCGCUCUUGGUCACCUCCCCGCGUUUCUUCUCUUCUGCUUCGUCGGUGGAAGGGAGCCCUCUGCAUGUCUCUUCACCCUUGCCUUUGGAUAUGUCUUCCUCGGUCUCCGAUCUCCUCCGAAUCCACACAGAAGCUUUUCUCCUCCUCCCCCCCCUCGUAGUUCUUCCCCGCCUGGCAACUGCAUGCGCCGAGGAGCCCAAUACGCAGCGGUGGCCCAUGACUACCUGCAGAAAAGUUGAAGCCUAUCUUUCUUCUUUUCUCGCUUCUUUUCGCGUUUGUUCUCGACGUCCCCGACCAUCGCACUCCAACGCCGCGUCUUCGACGUCGUCGUCUUGUCUGCCGAGUGUUUCUUUCCCGGCGUCUUCUGGCUCCUCUUCCACUUCUUCUUCCUCCCCCUCCACUGCAAGUUCUUCGUCAUUCAGUUCUUCUCAUCCGCCUCUCGACCUUCUGUCUCCCGCCGUCGUUAUCACCCAUUUCCUUGUCGUUCACAGGAGAUACCUCGUCGGUGCGGAGGUGCUCCAGGGGCUAUCCACUCUGAUGCAUGCAGCUUUGUUUUCGAGAGUUCCCCGUCGCAUUCUCCAACCUUCUGCUUCUCUUCCUCUGUCUUCCCUCUCGUCCUCCUUCGUCUGCUCUCUGUCACCUGCAGUGCCAGGCUCCAUGCUGUCCGGUGUGUCAGGACAUGCGCCGUCUCGCUUCGCUGCAACGUCCCCCGUUUCGGCGUCUCUCUCUUCUUCUGAUGCGUUGAAGUCGUCACUCGCUGCCUCCUCUCUUUCACCAGCUUUCGCAAUCUCUCUCGAAUGCCGCAAGUCUGGAGGCUUUGUGUCUCCGCCGUCCUUCACAGGGACUCUUGUGGGGCAGGCCGAAGCCGCGCCUGGCGGAGACACGGUCGUCUUGGAGGCGCCGCGACAGACGGCUGGGGAGACGCGCUUGUGGCUGGCCGAGAGAGCUGCGUGUGCCUUUCUUCUUCUCUCCCUCCAUCUCAAUUCUCUCUUUCCACGAGCUGCAAAGGGGGCCUUCUCCAUUCAAGAGAAGCUGCUCGAUAGGCAGGACUCCUGCGGAGACGCCGAGCAGUCUGCAGCUCGUGAAACAGAGAGCAAAGAGGCAAGAGAACUCCGGGAGCGCCAGGGAGACGACGCCUGGGCUUCAGCGUCUCCCUCUCUGUCGCCUUUCGCUCUUCCUGAAGGUUUGCUUGCACUCGAACGGCUCCUCGGAGUUCUGAAUCGCGACUUGCCUUUGAUAGCGGCAUGCGGAGGCGGAAUGCACUGGGAAUCGCAUGCGAGAGGACUGACACGGCGGAGGAGGCAGGGAGAAAGGACGAGGAAAGAACGCAACUCAGAACGAGCCGAAGGCGCGGACGCUUCAGCGCGAGACUGCAGAGUGGCUUCGCGUUUCCCAGCUGUUGCGUCCCUUCGUCACGAGGCGGCUCCUGUCCCCGUUCGUUUGAGUCUUCUGCUGAGUCUUCUUCUCUGUCGCCUUCCGGCUUCGGCGUUUCUCGCCGCCCCCUCGCGGGCGCCCGUCUCGGCCGUACUCGCAACUUCUUCCUGGCCUGCUCAUGCGUCGGAGGCUCUCCCCUGUUCCUCUUCGUCCUCGACUUGGCCGAGUUCCCCUCACUGCCCAGUCGACACGGAAGACAAAGAAGGCGCAGGGCCAAAGAGCACCGCUCCAAAAAACCGGGUCUCUUCUACCGAGCUACGAGACGCAUGCGUGGAGAAAGCCGUUCGCCUGCUCGACCGAAGUCUGGGAUGGAGCAGGCUGAGUGUUUCUCCGACUCUUGGCCCGGCAGGUGUUCAACUCCUUCAACAAGUUAGUCUGCUUCUCCCCCGAUGUAUCUCCACCUCUCUAUUCUCUUCUUUUCGCGCGUCUUCCGGUUCCUCUUCCCUCGUGUCUUUCGCGAAAGUCCGAUUUGUUGGUUCGCCUGCCACUGAAAAGAACCAUGAACAAGUGGUAUCUCCGUUGUCUCUCCUCUCGCCAUCUUCUCGGAGUCUCCUGGAGACAGUCCUCCGGCUCACGUUGCCAAGAACCGCCGCCAUGAAACGCCGGCUUUCGUCUCGUCGAGCACUUGAGGCUGAAGCCGAAGAAGCCGCGCGACAGGGUGGAGGUACCCGACAGGGCGUUCUGUCUCCGGAGACAGAUGCAAGCGGUCCCGGAGCUUGCACAAGGCCGGAGAGAGUCGCUUCGUCACGAAGCCGUCCUGAGUUCUCGGUGUCGAAACUCUUGAAAUCCCAGAAAGAGCCUCAGGACCCACACGCUUCGAGGUCUUCCACGAAUGGUUCUUCUGCCGUCGCUGAAGACGCGCAUGCAUGCGAGGGGCGAAGUCUUGCUGAAUGCGGCGCCUUUUCGAGAGACGAAGGAGACGCCAGGGACGGAAGUGCAGAGGCCUCUCACUGCGGUGAUCCGCCCAACGAGAAACCAAACAGAAACUUUUCCGAUCGCUUCGAAGGCUGCCCUCGCCAGAGCUCGGUGGAAGAAAGACACCAUCGCAAGCACUCAGAUCUGCUGCUCUUAGACGCGAUAGAACGAGAAGAUGCUGGUUCAUUUGCGCCUGGCGGUGUCAAACAUAUGGUCGUGGACGCCCUCAGGGCAUCGACGAGUCGAGUCGUCCCGACAAUUGCACCAGCAUGCAAUCUCCUCGUCCCCCUCACUGUCGCAGGGACGUCGGUGGCGGUCGAGUGUGUAGAGCCCGGGGAUGUUUUCGUCAACGCGCCAGAUGUUCCGACGCUUUCCACGCAGUUGCGCCAUGACUGUCUCUCGAUUCUCGGCUACCACGUCGUUUUCGUCUCUUUCCGUGACAUCGCGGGUGCAGAGUGUCUCAUCACGCCGUCGGCUUCCUCUUCUGAGGGUCGAGUUGGAGAUGCGCCAGGAAAAACUGAAACACCAAACGUUGUUAACGCUGAGAAUCAGCGGCAACAUGCCUUGCUUGGCCUUCUGCGUCACCGUCUCGCUGCAGCUUUCAUUAGAGGGACGGUCUUAGAGCCGGAUUUGCUUCUUCGGAGAUCGUCCUGGAUUCCUCUGCUCGCACGUGUUUCCCCCGAACUGCUCCGUGAGGCGCGUAUGCAUGCACGCGAGAAAGAACAAAAAACCAACCAGAACAUUUCCAGCUCUUCUCUCGCCUUCUGACCGCAAGAAGCGUUCGGAAUGCCUGUAUGAUGGCUAAUGGGACAUUAUUCGAGUGGAACGGAGGAUCGCGGCGGCGAGCUAAUACGGGCGAAGGAGAACACAUCGGAACUAGAGGUUCUUUUUCCCUUUCAUGGAUAUCGGACUCGAGGAACUUGCCUAGCAUACCACACUGGGACGCAAACUGAGAGAAAAUCACUGUGGGUGCCUUCAGUCCUCUUCGUGCAGGUCCUGCGCCGUCCCAGAGAGGACAAACGUCCAAGUACCAACUGGCAAAUCACAGGGAGCACCUCGGGGCCACCGUGAGAGUUCUGCUUGUUCGUCUCCAGAUUUUCUAACAAUUUCUUGGCAGUACGGAUCGUCACAGCUUGCAUGGUUCGUGACACCGCGCUGAAUCAUAAUUGUCACGUUUUCGAAUGCGCUAUGGUAUUUUUAAGAACCCUUUCCAAAGCGGCUGAAAGCUAAUCCAGAGUACCAUAGGCUUG